AAAAUAAAUAACCGAGUAUACAUAUAUACAACCCGACUAUAUAUAUAUGCAGCUCUUCGUAAACCCCAAUAAAGAAGACCAAGAAGUCCGAAUCUCUCUGAUUCUACAAUUCACAAAAACCGGAAAAAAAGAAGUAAAUAAAGCUUUUUUCAGUUCACUUCAAUGGAAGAAAAGCCCUUAGCAUCAUCAUCAUCUCAACCAAACAUGAUUUCUCCAUCAUCAAGCUUUAAACCAAAAUUAAAAGAUCAAGAUUAUAUGGAGCUGGUGUGUGAAAAUGGGCAGAUUCUUGCAAAGGGUCGAAGACACAAGAACAACGGUUCUUUUCAAAAUCAACGUAGGCAAUCUCUCUUGGAUUUGUAUGAGACCGAGUACAAUGAGGGUUUCAAGAAAAACAUCAAGAAUCUUGGUGAUACACAAGUUGUUCCUGUGAAUGAGUCUCAGCCACAACAAGAUAAAGAAAACAAUGAACAUAUGAAUAAGAAGAAGCUUAAGUCCUCCAAAAUCGAAUCUGAGAGAAAUGUUUCGAAAAGCAACAAACGUGUUGAAUCAUCAACAUUAAUUGAUGAUUCUAAAGGUCCAAAGAAUGUUGAAGUUACUAGAACUCCUCCUGAUGAGCAAUCUGCAGCAGUUGGUAGAUCCACGGAAUUGUAUUCUGCUUCUUCAUCGAUGUUUUCUCGAGGAAGUUCGAGAGAUCUAAGUUUAUGUUCUUUAAAGAGGAAGCAUGGAGACAUUGAAGAAGAAGAAUCAACCUAUUUAAGUAAUAAUCCCGAUGAUGAAUCAGAUGAUGCGAAGACACAAGUUCAUGCGAGAAUAAGAAAGCCGGUGACUAAGAGAAAACGAAGCACAGAAGUCCAUAAGUUAUAUGAAAGAAAGCGAAGAGAUGAAUUCAACAAGAAAAUGCGUGCUUUGCAGGACAUACUACCAAACUGUUACAAGGAUGAUAAGGCAUCAUUGUUGGAUGAGGCUGUCAAAUAUAUGAGGACCCUUCAACAUCAAGUUCAGAUGAUGAGUAUGGGAAAUGGAUUAAUACGACCACCUAUGAUGUUGCCAAUGGGUCAUUACCCUCCCAUGGGUCUAGGAAUGCAUGUGGGUGCAGCAGCAACACCAACAUCAGUACCGCAAUUCCUACCUAUGAAUAUUCAAGGAACCAGUUUUCCCGGGAUUAACAAUGCAUCAUCACAAAUGCUAAGGUUUCUUAAUCACCCCACAGGACUAAUCCCAAACACUCCUAUCUUUUCUCCAUUGGAAAAUUGCUCUCAGCAAUUCGUGGUGCCUUCAUGUGUUCCUCAGACUCAUGCUACUUCUUUUACUCAAUUCCCAAAGUCUGCGUCCACCUCAAACUUAGAAGAUGCAAUGCAGUAUAGAGGAAGCAACGGUUAUAGUUAUUAUCCCUCGCAAAACUAAAGAUUUGUAGGUAGUUGAUGUUUUCUCCAACUAACUAACUUUAAGAAGAAAAAAAAUGAUCGUUCGUCUACUUUGUGUUGGUAGUCUAUGGGCUUUUGGGCCUUGAUUCUUGGAAUGAUUGAACU